AUGGAUUCUCAUGAUGGCAAGAAGAGGAGGAAGUUGAAGAAGAAGAAGAAGAGGGAAGUGCCAAAAAACAUACAAGAAACAGAGAAAACACAGAGGACUCAUAAUUCAAGAUUAACUGUGUCUGAAGAGUCAAAGAAGGAGUACCAUUAUUGCAAGAAUGAAGAGAAACAGAGCAAAAACAGAGAAACCAAGUUGAUCGCUGAGGAAAGCAAGAAAGAGAAUACUAAUAACACGAAGAAGAUGAUGGAUCGUUAUAGAAAGAUGCAAUGUUGGGUGAUCUUGAAGCGGUUCAUCAUUGGAAGAGAUGGGUGGGCUUUCAAACACCCUCUUCAUGUUGAUGAUAUCUCUGAUUCUGAUGCAUUGAAGAACAAGAACAACAAGAAGAAGAAGCCAAUUGGUUUGGUGGACAUUGAAACCAGAUUGUCAAAAGGGUUCUACUCGGAGCCUGAACAAUUUGCUGAUGAUAUCAGGCUUGUGUUCUCUCAUGCAAUGCUAUAUUACCCUCAUCCCAGGAAUGAGAUUCACAGAAUUGCAAGGAGGCUCAGUGAGAAUUUUGAGGUCACUUGGAAAUCUUUGAAGGAUAAGUGGACAUGUGAGGACAGAAAACAGAAGGCCGGGAAAAGAACAAGAUCACCUGUUUAA